GUAAAUGUCCCAAAGGUUAUUUAGCCCCCAAAUGAACCUUACCCCUUCCACCCCCUGAGGCUGUAGGUAACACAGCUACAACACACUACAACACCACUAAAGCAAGCAGCAACGUGCUGCGGCCAGGAACAGGAAGUCUUGGCAACUUUGAACCCCACCAUCAUCACCAUCACCAACAUCCAAAGCUCACCAACCCCUCCUCCAAAAUAAUCCCUAGAACCUUAGAAUUCACCAUGGCCACGCGACCGAGUUUAUUUACCAGAGGGCUCUCCUCGCUCUCCCAGAGCACCGACGCCAACUCGCCCAGCGUCAGCUCGCCCGCCGAGCAGCGAGACGAUGCGAAGCGCAACUUGUUCAAGACCAUGCGCCCGCUACCCACCCAGCACUAUUGGAACGUCUACUUUGACAGACAGGCCAAGGACCAGAAGAAGGAAGACGACAGCGCCUACCAGGCCUCCCUCGAGCAGCUAGGCACGCAGAUCGAGUCCGUCCAAGACUUCUGGCGGUACAACAACAAUACCCCCGUCGACCAGAUCAAGAUGCGCGAAUCCAUCUAUCUAUUCAAGAGCGGGUUCCGACCUAUUUGGGAGGACCGUCGCAACGUGUUAGGCGGCAGCUGGACUUUCCGAGUCCCCAAGAGCUCCGGACCCGACUUCUGGACCCGAGUACAGCUUAUGGCCAUUGGCGAGAAGCUGCAGGAGGCCGUGGACGAAGGAGACACCAUUUGUGGUGUUGGUCUGUCGGUGCGCUUUAACUCGCACCUGAUCUCUAUCUGGCAUCGUGACGCCUCCAAGAAGAAGUCUAUCGACAACAUACUACAGGCCGUCCUCGACGACCUGCCACCCGAGUUAAAGCCCAAGCCCGACAACUACUUCUACAAGAAGCACUCUGACCAUCCCGGCUUCAACCCGCCUCCGGAGCUGCAAGCCGUCCUGGACUCGCAGAAGAAAGCGCAAGAAGCUGCCGCGGCGAAGAAUGAUAGCGUGAAAGCUGCGCCGGCCGAGUAGGUGGCUUCUUGCGGUACGGAAGGUAUCGUAAGUAAGGAGUAAGGAUAGUUUAAAUUGAAAGCGUAGAGCUGGUCUGCUCAGGUUAUAAGCCAGUUUGUUGAUACUCUGCGGGAUCUAUGCAUGCGCAUUGGGCGAAUAUCGGAGGGAUUUACUAUCACAGUUGAUAUCUCGCCCCCCUUUCCCCUUUACAAA